AUGUUCGGUAGCCCUUCCAAGCCGUUGUUUGGGACUCAGCAACCUGCUGCGUCUGGCACUACAACACAAGGUGGAUUUUCAUUUGGCACUCUGACAACAUCAAACGCCUUCGGGUUCGGUCCUAAACCUAAGACAUUUUCAACACUUGGUCUGGGUCCAACUCCUGCGAAGACUUCAACAAACAUAUUUGGAUUUGGGACAACAACAUCCAACACACCUUCCUUUAGUUUUUCAGCUGUCACCAAGCCGGGAUCACUGUUUAGUACUACUCUUGGCUCUUCAUCGACUACUGCAGUGCCAGGCUCUCUUUUUUCGUUUCCGUCGGUCCAAGGGAGCCAAACAACAUCUGGUUUACAGCUAGGGUCUGGAUUGUUGACUCAUAGUACUGCUCUACAACAGCAGCAGCAGCAGCAACAACAACAGCCGCAACAAUCAGUUGAUGCAUUCUACGCUUCUCUGUCACAGCCUAUGCUUUUUGGUGACGAACGAGAUAAUAUAAUCGCCCGUUUAAACCAACUGCAAGCCAUGCUCGGUAUGGGGACAGGGUAUUCGGCCCUGGGAACUGUGACCUAUACACCGGAUAAUCCGUUCUCGCGUUUUCGUGGCAUAGCGUACAAUGUCAUGCCCACUAGUUCGGAGGCUGAUGGUCUUGUUUGCAUGGAAUUGACAAGGGCCUUCUCUGAGGUGCUUCCGCUGAAGCAAGGCAUACAGGAUCACAUAUUCAGGCUCCUUGGUGGUCGUGCCAACUAUCAGCUUGUAAUUGAAGAAAUCAGACCGUCUGCUCGUUCUGAAACCAAUACUGAGGUUGUCAUCAAGGUUAUCGAACGACUUGCUUCUGGCGCGACGCACAUCGUGCCAGCCAGCGAUCUGGCAAAUUUCUUGUGUGGUCCGUCUACUAAGCCACAGCUGGAGUCUCAGUUAUGUGUAUGUCGUCUGAUGCCGGAACUUGCACCCUCCGCUUCGCAAAUCAACGCCUACCUCGAGAUUCCGCCUGCAGGAUUCGACAAACGUGUCUGGCAGCAGGCUCGGGAAGACAAUCCAUCGCCGAACCGCCUCAUUCCCGUCCCGGUAAUCGGGUUUGCUGAUCUGAAAAGGCGCCGUGAUGGGCAACUUCUUUUUGGUGACCAGCAGCGCAAGGCCGUCAAGCAUCUGCUAUCUGUGGCCAGUGCCUUACAAGCUCAGCAGCUCUGUGCCUCACAAAAGAUUGCUCAAAUCAAACGCAAACAGAUUGAACUCAACCAUCGCAUCCUAAAGCUCUUGGCAAAGCAGACAGUGGCGCGCCGUGCGGGAUUCGCCAUCAGCGCAGAGGAAGAGGCCCUGCGAUGUGCGUUGGAUCAUAUUUGGUCAGAGAUCACCGCACCACGAGGUCUGCGCGCCCGCAUUCAGCAGUUACUGCCCAGCGUACGCACCAAGGCGACUACUGGUGAGGCAUCGAAGAAGCAGAUUGCGACAGUGGCAGACAUCCCUGAAGAUUCUGAGGCCCUUGUAGCCACCACAACUGCCUGGUGGCAGCACCCAGAGAUUGUGGAUGAUUUGCGCGAGUACUUAAGCCAACGAACUACGGGAAUUAAGGAGAUGCGACGCCUUCUCACAGAGUUGAAUGCAGUAGUGCGAAUUCUUACGGAGAAGAAAACGAAGGCGUCCGCUGCCGCCAACACCGCUGCCGGAUUAACCAGUUACCCUGGCUUUGGAGUGAAAGUAGAGCCCACCCUGUAA